UAAUAGACACCUGUUAUUUUUUUCUAUAUCGGUGUGGUCAAAUCUGGAAUACGUUAUUUUAGUAAUUGUUUCGAAUAGCUCUUAACGUUCAGGGUCAUUUAUCUAAAGUUAAGUAGUUGUAAAUUGGACGGGAAAUUGUGCAGAGGUAUGAAAUAACAAUGAGUUUAUCUUAUCAUUUGUGUUAAUGUCAGUCCUAGUGGUAAACGAACGGAAUUUAAUACCUUCGGAACAAUGUCACUUCUUUAAAACCGGGAUAUCCGUUACAAAAGACAGUCAAACUGUCAAAACUUCAAUUAUUAUAGAAGUGGUAUGUAAGACUAGUGUUUUAAACACUCUGAUAGCUUUAUUUCGUUCUUUUUCGAACAGCUAAUGAUAAUCAUUAUUACGCAGGUUUUUUUCGUUCACGUGCAUAGAAAAUAAUAAUUACUGGAGUGACAAUGAAUAAUUAUGUUAUGAAAUUGAGUGCUGGGACCCCACUUAAGAAAGUUCUUUUUUUAAAUUUUAAAGGCAUGUAGUUAAUUAGAAAGACUUGGAUUAAGUGUAUAUAACAAACAAUGGCGACAUGAUUGAUUUUCUGGUUUUGUGUUACCACUUCAGUUGUAAAAAGUUGUGAACAGUUUCGAUGUGUCAAAGGGUGCAGUGAUCAGCUGAUUGGCUUCGAAAGAUACGAGAUUAGAAAACAGUGAAAUCGUUCAUUUGUUGGAGAUAAAAAAGAAAAUGGAGUUUAUGAAAUAUUCACUGCAGAUUUAUAAUGAUUGGGUUCACGUCGGGUUUUUUGAUGGAUGACUUCCGAAAAGUUUAUCUGGCUGUUGGACAAUAUCAAUAAACAAAGUCAUAAGACACAAGUUUAAAACUUUUUGAAGUGAAGAUAACUUUAUCUUAUUUUAUUUCCUGAUAAUAUUCAAUUGUGAAAGAAAAUAUUACCACUGAUGCAGAAAGGUGAUGAUAAAUUCAGAUGUGAGGAGUGUUAUUAGAUCGAAAAGUCAACAUAAAUGUUCGAUGUUUCAAGACUUGAAGUUUUCCAAGUAAAAAAUACUUGACACACAAUGUGAGUUGUUUAAAUCGAAAUUAUCUGACUAGAUAAAGUGUUAGAAAUCAAAAGAUAUUUUUGCGCUGUGUUAUUUUUCGAUAUAGAGGACUUCAAAUGUGUUUAUUUUGAUUUGGGACACGUUGGACUAUGUGUGAGUGUUGGAAAUUAUAAGUUAUCAAAAUUGUUGAUAUUUUUGUAUAGUGGACACGAUAUUUUCUUGUCUCUGCCUGCAGGACCCCUUUUAUUUGCCCCGAAAUUGGGAUCAAUGGGUUCACGUUUUUAUUUUUUGGAUUUAUAUCGGACAUAUUGAGCCCGCGUCAGUGUUUUUCGGAAGUAUGUGUGAUGUUCAAUGUUAAGCAUUAGUGAGAGUGUGGGCUCAUUAGGCUGGGGAAUGAGGGACCGUUGGACACGCCCUCCUACUAGACGUAGGGCCCUAAACCGGAUCUACCGCACGCGGUCCUUACCAUCGGAGAAACUCUACGAAUAUAUGCAGGAUGAUGGUGCGGAGGAGGGGGAGUGGUGCCUGGUCAGUUGCCAUGGAGACAGACACCGCCUGCCCAAGACCAUGAUCUUUCUGGGAAAGGAGGAGUGUGACAUUGAUAUACAGGCUGAGGGAGUGGACAAGCGACACGCUGUGGUUACAUUCGACCAUUACUUGCGACGUUUCAAGAUCAAAGACCUCAGCACGGAAUCAGGGACAUUUGUGAAUAACUCCGGGAUCCCGGAGCAAGAGUAUGUGGUCCUUGAGCAGCACGACACCCUCCGACUUGGAAAUGAUCAUUCGUUAGUAUACAGAAUGGAGCGCUACGAGGAAGAACCGCCAGGGCGGAAGGAGACCGAUAACCUCUAUCCCCAUGAGACAUCUAGCUCCGUUGCCGACCUCUCUCACCAUACCAACACAAAUGGUCACCAUGACGACGACCUCCCAAACUGGGCUAGCUCCCAGCAACAUAAUGAGGACCUGCAAAGUCCUAUGGCAGAGUGUCGGGGUUGCAUAGCGGAGCAGCGUAUUGAGCACACAUGUGCGGAGGGUUGUCACGAGUCGGAAACUGCCCACCGAGACCUUGAUCGGAGCUAUAGUGAAACUAGCAUCGCCUCAUUCAGUCUGGGAUGUAACACAUGGCCGAAGAAGCGUUACAAGGGGUCGAUCAAGAAAACUGCGCAGGAGAUAUUCGCUGCGAUGGAUGAGGAAUGCUCCAACGUCGACGGGCUAAUCGACACAGUCCCCAGUCGCGUUUUACGGGGAACCGGAGCCCCCAUGAAUAUUCUCCCUAAUGAAUUAUCCACAGUGAAAAAGGGGACACCACUCUAUGGUCAGCCAAAAUGGUGGGGAGAGGAGGAGGAAUCUGAUCUCAAUACACAGCGGCAGCGGGCAAGCAGUAUGGAGGGCGCCCCAGCUGCCACAAGUCCACGGACAAAUGUCUCACAACCUCCUGUCCCUAAACCAGGGGAGGCGGGCACGGACACCAGCAGCGAUGUGCCAAACGCCAACAACGUGCCAACUAGCAACAACACCAGCACCACUAAUCCCACAACCAGCACUACUCCCGAGGGCAUAGCCAACAUGGCCUUCACCAUCGAUUUUGGCGACGAACCAAAGUCGGCAAACGUGGAGGGCCGAAGUCUGGGAGACUUUAUGCCACCGAAGUUGCGGAAGAGUUUCCGAGAAAGACAAGAAUCUAAAUCAUCGUCAAAGGCGUCUAAAUCAUCGUCAGAGAAAGUCACUCCGGAGAAAAGUAAAUCCACUGUUCAUGCUGUAGAUAGACACAAAGUUACUACUACUUCUAAGACCACUCCGGAGAAACCAGCGAGCACUGUCCAGGUUCGUGCAGUAUCAGAAGGCCGUGAGGUCUCCCCGAUCUGCCAACAUAAGAUUGACGAGGUUUGGGCCACGGAAUCCGCUACUGCCAAGCGUCUCCGAAUGAUGAGCAAAUCAUCGUCAUCGAAAAGCACAGAGGAUGAUAGUGUUGAAAGCUCUUAUACUAAAGGUACCAAAUCAUCUACCCUAAAGCGUCAUGGUAUGAUGCCUGUAUCGGCCCAAUCCAAGCCCAAGUCUGUGAUACGUGCCCGAAAAGCCACCAGUCAGGAGGUGCUAGCUCCCUCUACGCAAUAUAACAAAAACUCGGCAUACUUGAUAGACAAAAUGUUCCGGAAAAAUUCUACCGGCAGUGUGGAUAGUCUUAAGCCCAAGGGCUCAGAUGGUAUAAUAACGGAGCAUGACUUGUAUCAUGAGUCGAUAAAAUAUGAUACGGACCAAGCAAAACUGUCUCAGUCGUUGGAUUUUAUGAACAAAAGAUCGGUUGGUGAAAAAAACAUUGAAGAUAAGCGUGAAAUUCAGAAAGUUCGAUCAAAAGAGGUGAUUCCGUCUUCAUUACUAAAUAAAUCAAAUAAAUCCAGUUUGGAGGAGUUACAAGUUCCGAAAGAGGAGGAUAAAAUAAGUGAAGCAGGAACGUACACGAUAGAAGAUGAAAAAGAUAGGUUAGAAGAAGACGAAGCCCGUAAAAACAUUGACAAAAUAUUUGGAGUGGAUCAGGUCUCGCUUGUUCAAUCGACAGGGGAUAAUCUCUCCGACGACCUCAAAGAGCAGUUGCGGAAGAGUGAUAAGCAAGGGGAGUUAACUCUGAACCUGCAGAACAUCAACCUGGAGCUGGCGGAGAUUGAGAUGCUGGAACGUCGACGCGCGAGGCCAUGCAUGGUGGACAGUCUGGAGGCGGAGCUUGGCAGCACGGCAACGGAAGUUUGUGACGAUAGCACUCCAGAUGAUGAUGAAAAGCCAAGUGUUCCACAGGACGCGCCUGAGUGGGUAAGCCAGUGGGCUGCAUUGACCAAUCAGAAGGUCCAAAAUGGAACAGGUGACAUGGAGUUGUCUAGUCCCGGAUCCUCCAUCUCAGAUGAGGGGAAACCAGGGCGACGUGUUAAUGGUCUGAGCAGAAAGAGGCCUGGCACAGGGCGCCGCCUUCCCACAAUACCCCCGGGGACAUCAAGCCCAGCCAUGAGUGACCGUAGCAGCACAAAAGGGAGUCCUCGUUUAUCCAAAUGUGAUCUCACGGUAAACGGCACCGCUGCCAUUCAGACCACGCCUCGGCAGCGAGCUGUUAAGAUUUCUAGUCAUGUAACCGCUAAGUAUGAGGACACGGAUAGCGAGUCUAUUUCACUGACAAAAUAUGGAAGUGAGGUCGAAAGUCCUGGGGAUAUUAGUAGUCGAGGAAAAGACAGUAGUAAUGCUAGCAUUGUUAGCAUUGAUACUGACGUUCUCUUAAGAGACACUGAAACUGUAAUGCAGGCAAUGGAAAAACGACAUAAACAGCCCACUCACGAGUCUACAAAAGGUGUUGAUGGUUGUGAUAGUAAUUAUCUUCAGGAAAAUGGAUAUUCAGACGGAAUUUCAUAUUCUCAAACAGUAGUUUCACAAGGAGAUACUAGUAUCAUAGAUAAUGAUAGUGCUUUGUUGGACGAAAGUGCUGAUUUUGAAUCAGACACUUCUAGUGUUGUAGCUCUUGUUAAUGGGGAUGAGGACUUUGUUAAACCAACAUAUUACAAAAGUCCGAGAGACGUGUUGGGGAAAGGUAAAUUCAAACUUGCAGAAUCUUUGCCAUCUAAACCUUCCGUAAACAUGAGCGGUGCUAGCAGUAAAGCAAAAUCAUCGGAUAGUGACCGCCAGCGUAAACGAUCGACCGACGAAUCAAAAACAGUUGUUUCAGAUGUAUUUAGUGAUGUAAAUUUUGAUACCACAGCAAGAACUAAUGACACAAUAGACACUGAUGCUUCACAGUUUUCUAGACAGGGUUCCAAGGGGAAAGGAGGUCAGAUGUCAAUGACACGGCCCAACAGAGCAUUCGCGCUACGUCGUGCAAGGGCAGAUGGUGAGGAGCCUCCAGAUUCAGCACGAUCGACAGCCAGCACAGCCUCUGUGUCAACUGCCUCUACAGGCUUUAAAACUCCACGAGGUGGCGGUAGCCUCUCAAAUCUUACCAGGUCUGGUUCAUCAACUCCGCAAAAGCCGCGUAGGCCAAUGUCUGGGGUCUAUGACAGGAGUGCUCCAGAUUCUUCACGUACCCAGGAUUCUUCGCGGAGUCAGGCAAGUCUAGGUACUAAAAUUGUACAGAAAAGUCGUGAAAAUCUUAACACUGGUUUUGGUCGCGCUGACGGAGGUCGACAUAGUUUACGGGUAGUGAAAUCGCUGUCAAUACCUGCUCGUCACUCAGAAAGCCCAGGCAGUUCAGCAUCCACAAGGCAGAGGAAACCUGAAGGUACUAGUUCAACCAACUUACAGCACUCAAAAAGUUUACGGGUGACGGGUGUUAGUGCGAAAGAACGCUCAAAUUCAGUGUCAAGAUCAAAUAGAACUAAUUCACCUAAGUCUGCGGAAAGAAAUGCUUGGAAGAGAAGGAAAGAUUACGACCCAAGACGAGCUGUUGCGGAGGCAAAGCAAAAAACACGUACUGACCCAAAACGUAGAUCUGAGGGCGUGGAAAGUUUCAAUAGAGCUCGAGGUGUUACACGCUCUGCUUCUUUCACUAAUACCAAAGACCUUAAAUUAAGUUCAUACAAAUGUGAUUCCGCGUCCAGUACGGACGAACACAGUCGCCGAAGCAGUGGUGCAAGUGACGUCUUUGAAGACAACCUGCGCAGAGGGUUUGUGCCAUACAGUGGGCGUUCACUCGUGUCAAACAGCAGCGUGGAUGAUGAAGAGAUGGAAAGAUCCGCACGGUCCUCGUCUGCUCAGUCUUCCACAGUGACUGAAUCGAAAUCGAAGCGUGUAUCUCGCAUAUCGGCCCGCUCCCAGGCGGUGUCAGCCUUUACCCCACCCCCUCGCCAGCCCAUUCCACUGUCUGUUUACAAACCUACACCCCGGGCUCGGAGCUCAACCCGCUCCUCCCGGGCUAAAUUUACCCUAAAAACCCCAUCCCCGACCCCUGUCACCAGCGUAGCAUAUUCUCGGGAGAGACGCUCGGUGGAUAGUCUGAAGCUUCAUCAUUACACACUGCCCUCAGCUCGCUCUGAACACUCUGACACCAGUCAGAAAGUGCCUGAGUCCUACGACUCACUGAUAGUUUCUUCCGUAUACCAACUGUCCCUGAAGUUGAAAACACAGACGGACCGUACCAUGGAAAAACUCAGGGACAGCGACGUGAUAGAGAAUGGACUCGAGUCUCCUCUCGAUGAGCUGGAGGGCCAGUGUGCCAUCAGUGAGAUUCCUGCAUACAAGUCCGCGAACCAGGAACUGGCAAGCGUGCUAAAAAACCUCCGCAAGAUUGAACAACACAUUAAAAUAAUGACGGGAGUGCUAUUCCCGGACGAUGCAUCCAGCCCAGACACAAGCAGGGAGAAACAGGAGUACAUGAUGGAGAUUGAGCGAAUCAAAAACGAGCUAGCUGGCUUUCAGCCAAUAGAAACGCCUCGUGAUGAUGUGUGGACACACGCAGAGACUGCCUCCAUAGAAUCGGACUGUGAAGAACUUGGCACAAAUACGGAAUACUACUGAGCUUAAUCAUAUGAGUGUUUACCAGUAUUCCCAAACUCCUUAAGAGGCAGCGAACUUUCCAGAUGCCAGAAACUACAGUCCCUGACGCAAUUUUCUGAUAAGGGACCCCCUACAUUCAGCAUACUGAGCAUCACUGGGACCCCCCACCCCGAAAUCGGAAUACACUUUAAUUUUAUGUUGAUCAUAACAUUGGACCCCAUAAAAUUUAACUAGACAAACCCCAAUUUGUCACCCAUGAGGGUUCUAGGAUCCCUAGUUGAAACUUAUGGGGAAAAUCCGGAGGAAGUGCAGAAUUAUUAGUUAAAACCCCAUUUUGUUCUCAGCAUUUUCAAAAAUGGAGUUUUAAGUGAAUUUUAUUGGGUCAAGGUAUAUUUACCAGUGAUAUUGGCCAGUCAUCAGUUGUCAAUCAGGCCAAUAAUUGUUAUAGAAUUAUAUAUUGUAAAUCUUAUUAAAGGGUGGCAUUAUCCAAUGGAUUCACUGAAAGUUAGAACUCCACUACAUGAUAUUGUCUUAACCUGCAAUGAUAACUUUGGUGACUCCAUCAAUUUUGUCAUUGGCUUAAAACGCUGAACAUACAAAAUACAAUAUUUUACAAUGGAAAUGAUUUUGGAAUGGAUUUAUCUUCAUAUGAUAAUAUGAACAAAGACUUUUUUGCCAAUACUGUUUUGUUAUAUUCAAAGCAUAACAUUCAAUACAUUGCUUGUGACACAACUUUUCUAUUAUAUACAAAAUCCAGAACAAAACCUGUUGUUCUAAUGGUGGGCUGUUUGUAAUUCUCAAUUGAAUCAAUGCAAUUCUUUAUAUUGUAUUUAGAUGUGCAAUGUUUAAAUCAUGCUGAUAAAAAAUUAAAAAUGAUUAAGUACAAAAUUUAUUUUGCUUAAGUUAAAGAAUAUUUAAAUGAUCUAUUUUUACACAGGUUUCUUUUUUUAUUAUAAUUAUUUAUUUUUUUAAUAUAUAAUGACAAAAUAACAACUCUGUGGCCAAAGUUCUAAAAAAAAAUCAGCAGGCACAUCCAUCCCCUUUCUCGUUUUUGGGACAUUCCUGUUGUGCUCCUAACCCUGCCCUGGUUGUUAAGCUCCAUCUCUGCCAGCUUCUCAACAAUCUCCGGGAUUAUUUUCUGCUUCCGCCCUACCAGCUCCUUUCUUAUUCUUUCUCUUUCCUUUAUGAUUGACCAUUGUUGCAAAUUCAGCUAUCGACUUCUCGAAACGACCUUUUUUUUCCACAAACUUCUUCUUCAUUGCCACAUCUUUCUUUGUAAUGUUCGUUACGGAGAACUGAGAGCCUGUGGUCCAUUCUUUUAAGAUGGUCACAAAAUUAACAAGUAUUGAAAACUGUAUGAAGGUUGAUCCCAUCCAGAAAGUUUACCUAGAACAAAGGCAAAACAUUCCAGCUGGGGUUAACAAAAAAAUCCAGUUCUCAUAAUGUGCUGUCUAAAUAUCGACACUUGUUUCUCAUACAGCGUCAAACUUGCCGUAAUUUUGCAGAGAAAAGGCAUUUGAAUGUAUACAUGAAGCUGGAUACUGUGAACAAAUGUGUUUCUUAAGCCCAUCGUCAACUACAGCAAAUCUAUGUAUAGUGUUGACAUUCGAGAACCAUUGUCAUAGACAUGAAUAAAUGGAAAUAGUUGUUUAAACAUACCCGUGCUUUAUUUAUUGGGGAAAGAUUGUUUAAACUAUGUCACCGUAAUGUUCAAAUAUACAUUUCAUCUGAUUUAGGGCAUAUGGCAUUCUUUAAAUUGUUGUCAUAUUUGUACCAUCCACAUUUCGUACCCACUGAGUAUAGAUUACAAAAUUACAUUACUUAUGUCUUCCUGUAAAAAAUUGCUUGUUUUCUGUGUUUCAACGGCUUUUACACUAGAAAUAAAUCAACCCUUGGAGCUAGCGAAAACACAUUUACAUUUUUUUUCUACAUGUACUGUUCUUUUGAUAAGUUAAAGGCAUCACUUUCUCUUAAAAGAUUACUGUGUAUCUAUUACAAAACCACAUUAAGAUUUUUUUUAACUUCAAGUGUAAAACAAAAUUUGUUAAAUUUCUUGAAAAAAACUAAUUCUUUAAAAUUGUGUUUUCAUUUGUUUAUUUUUAAACUGAAGUUACAAUAUUUUAAUUGCAGAAUAUCACUUUUUUCCAGUGAAAUAAAACAGUUAUGGAAAUUGUUAAAUUUUAGGAAAAGGUACAAUUUUACCAAUGCUUAUGUAAUUUGGCCCCUGAUUUACCCCCUCAAAAUCUGGUUUCUGUCACCUCAUUUUUUUAGGAUUGCCUUAUUGGCUGCAUUACUGAAAACUUAUUGUCAUUACGUCACUUUAUAAGAUAAUUGUAUGAAAAUCCCAUUGUCAUUUAGUUGGUAUGAAGAUAUAUACCCUACCCACAUGUAAUUCAACAUUCCGUAGAUACAAUUUUCUCCUUGAUAUUCUAUUGUUGAUCUGAAUGUAUUGUUAAGUAAGACUGUCGCUAACUGGUUUAAGAAAGAGAAUACAACAGCUUUGGGCAUUCUCAUUUGUUUGUUCAUCUGCCAAAUGUAUAUCAAGGUCAAAAAGCUUGCCACAUUGUGAAAUAAUGCCUGUUUAUGCCAGAGGUAUCAACUCUGACAAGGGCCCUGUUUCAAAAGAAAUCGAAGUUGUAUGCUGCUUAAGAGUGCUUUGGGACACCCAUCAAGCUAUGGGUAGAAUAUAGACAAUAAAAUUUAUUACAAUAUUUUUCAUUGAAACAAAGUUUAUGCCAUAAACAGGGCAAUGCCUGGAAUUUUAAGAUCUUAAGCAUUACGAGUUUUAUUGAAAUAGGUCUUCAGAUGGUGACAUUUAUUUUAUAUAUUUAUAUUGUAUGGAUAAUAAUAUAAAUAUAUAUUGAAAAAAUACCAUCUAUGGUCGAUACAGUCUUCUAUAGUUUUCAACUGUAUUAAAAUUUCUGAUUUCACAGACAGAAGUUUAUUCAUCAAAUAUUGAUAUUAUUCGUUUUAUUUGAAUUAAACCACAAUCCAAUUUGACAAAAUAUCAUUUCAAACACUAAAACAGAAAUAGUGAUAUACAAGUAUUUUGAUAGAAUAAAAAUAUUUCUGAGGUAGAAUUUGUUAAAAUUACUAGUAGAAACAAUUAAGGUUUCAUCUUAAUUAUGAUAUGGAUAAAAAGAUAUAUUGAAACACAUCUUGCGCAAUUGGUACAGUAGUUAGUCUUUGUGUGUAAUACAUGUAUUUCAGCUCGUUCGACCAUCUUGCAGUCAGCUUAAAAAAUGUUAACUGUUUUCGUGUACCUGUUCUUUUGUUAAUCUGUUUUUAAAGGUAAUGAUCUGUUUUUGUGACAUAUUCAUGCAAAGUUUAGUUUCACUGUUAUACAGUAUGUGCUGUUAUUAUGAGUCUAGAAAGUCUUUAUUAUAUGUGAAGUUAAUUGUGACUGUGAAGUUUACUAGUUUUAAGAAAUUACAAUUUUAUGUUGCUAAACUGUGAUAAUAUUAGCUUAUUAAUUCAUGUGUUUUCGUUUUUUUGGCUUCAAAAAUUAUUUGAUAUGUUUUUGAAAUAUAGAGGUAACAUAAGCUUCUAUGUGGCGAAAUAAACUAUGAAAAUAUA